AUGGGGCUGAAGGCGCGGCGCGGCGCGGCGGGCGGUAGCGCGGCCGGCGGGGCGGCGGCGGCGGCGGGGCGGCGAGCGGCGGCCGGCGGCGACCCCGAGCAGGGCUCGCUGGCCCUGGGCACCGGCGGCGACCGCGACGGGACGCUGCUGCUGGAGGGCGGCGGGAAGGAGGAGGGCGGCAAGCGGAGCCCGCCGGGACUGGGGCUGCUGGCGAAGACCCCCCUGAGCCGCCCGGUGAAGCGGAACCACGCCAGGUACCGCCGCAUCCAAACUUUGAUCUACGACGCCCUGGAACGACCCCGCGGCUGGGCGCUGCUCUAUCACGCCUUCGUGUUUCUGAUUGUCUUGGGGUGUUUGAUCUUAGCUGUCCUGACAACUUUCAAGGAGUAUGAAACAGUUUCUGGAGACUGGCUCCUCUUGCUGGAAACUUUUGCCAUUUUCAUCUUUGGAGCAGAGUUUGCCUUAAGAAUCUGGGCUGCUGGCUGUUGCUGUCGCUACAAAGGAUGGAGGGGGAGACUCAAAUUUGCCAGGAAGCCUUUGUGCAUGCUGGAUAUCUUUGUGCUGAUUGCUUCAGUGCCAGUGGUCGCUGUUGGGAACCAGGGCAAUGUCCUGGCCACGUCUCUCAGAAGCCUCCGCUUCCUUCAGAUCCUUCGGAUGCUCCGCAUGGACCGGCGGGGCGGCACCUGGAAACUUUUAGGAUCAGCUAUUUGUGCACAUAGCAAAGAACUCAUUACUGCUUGGUACAUCGGGUUCCUGACACUCAUCUUAUCCUCCUUUCUUGUUUAUCUGGUUGAAAAAGAUGUUCCUGAAAAAGAUGCUAAUGGGGUGGAGAUGAAAGAGGAGUUUGAAACCUAUGCAGAUGCACUGUGGUGGGGGCUGAUCACCCUCGCUACGAUUGGGUAUGGUGACAAGACCCCCAAAACGUGGGAGGGGCGGCUGAUUGCAGCCACCUUCUCUCUCAUUGGAGUGUCUUUCUUUGCUCUUCCUGCUGGCAUUUUGGGGUCGGGGCUGGCACUGAAGGUCCAGGAGCAGCAUCGUCAAAAACAUUUUGAGAAAAGAAGAAAGCCAGCAGCUGAGCUCAUUCAGGCUGCCUGGAGAUACUAUGCUACUAACCCCAACAGGAUUGAUUUAGUUGCUACCUGGAGGUUUUAUGAAUCAAUUGUAUCAUUUCCAUUUUUCAGCCAAAAGCUGGGUCUCUUGGAUCGGGUGCGUGGUACCAAUACUAAAGGAAAGCUAUUUACCCCUCUGAAUGUAGAUGCCAUUGAAGAAAGUCCUUCAAAAGAACCUAAGAAUGUUGUCUUGAAUAAUAAGGAGCGUUUUCGCACUGCAUUCCGAAUGAAAGCAUACGCUUUUUGGCAAAGCUCAGAAGAUGCAGGGACAGGGGAACCCAUGGCAGAAGAAAGAGGUGACAGUAGUGAUUUCCCUGUGGAAGACAUGAUCCCCACAUUCAAGACAGCCAUCCGAGCUGUCAGAAUACUACAGUUUCGUCUCUAUAAAAAAAAAUUCAAGGAGACUUUGAGGCCUUAUGAUGUAAAGGAUGUGAUAGAGCAAUACUCAGCAGGGCAUCUUGAUAUGCUUUCCAGAAUAAAAUACCUUCAGGCAAGAGUAGAUAUGAUUUUUACACCUGGACCUCCAUCUACUCCCAAGCAUAAGAAAUCCCAAAAGGGAGGAGCUUUUUCUUACCCUUCACAACAGUCUCCCAGAAAUGAACCAUAUGUAGCCAAAGCAUCUACAGCUGAUACUGAAGACCAAAGUAUGAUGGGAAAAUUUGUUAAAGUUGAGAGGCAGGUAAAUGACAUGGGGAAGAAACUGGAUUUUCUUGUUGAUAUGCACAUGCAUCACAUGGAACAGCUGCAGAUACAAGUUGCUGAGAUAAGUCCUUUGAAAGAAACCGCUUCUCCUGCAAGGGAGAAGAGAGAAGAAAACAAAUAUUCUGAAUUAAAAACAAUAAUAUAUAAAUACACUGAGCAGUGCUCUCGUGAAACUCCUUACAACUUCCAGCAGGUUCCAGUCAACAAAGUCAGCCCCUAUGGUUUCUCAGCACGGGGUCACACGGCUCACUCGCAACCUUUGUCAAUAGGUGGGCAAAACUCUGGCAAACUGCAAGCCACACCUUCCUCAACUUCGUAUGCAGAGAGGCCGACAGUCCUGCCUAUAUUCACACUGAUGGACUCGCAGGUCAGCUACCACUCCCGGGGGGACCUGCCCAGCCCUUACUCAGACAAGGUGUCUCCCAGGCAGAGGAGGAGCCUCACCAGGGACAGCGACACUCCCUUGUCCCUUCUCUCCGUCAACCACGAGGAGCUGGAGCGCUCCCCGAGCGGCUUCAGCAUCUCCCAGGAGAGAGACGACUUCCCCUUCGGGCCCAGCGGGGGCUCGGCGUGGAUGAGGGAGAAGCGCUACCUGGCCGAGGGGGAGACAGACACGGACACAGACCCCUUCACGCCCAGCGGCUCCAUGCCGCUGUCCUCCACGGGAGAUGGGAUCUCAGACUCCAUAUGGACCCCCUCAAACAAGCCAGUCUAAAAGCGCGUGUGGGGCACUCACUGGCUGGCUUCUCCUUGUAAUGUAAGCAUACUUUGUAUAUCUCACUUACUCUACACCCAAAGCUUACUAGUUCAAAACACCAAUGGCUGCAUAAGAUGCAUGUGAUAUUAGUGGUAGUCAUUCUGCACCAUUUCAUACAAUUUACUAAUGCAGUUUUUUUCAUGCUACCAAAACUAAGGAGCUUAGUUUUGAGCAUGGUUUGCAUGACUUUGCCCUAUAUAAAUGGUACAGCUGAUUUCUUCCAUAAUACAUAUCUAUCUGAUACUCUUCAAUACAACAAUGGUGAAUUGAUAACAGACACGAUACAGUGGUCCUUGCUACAUUUUGUAAACAGAGCAGCAAAAUAAAAAGAUUUUCAGGAACAAUAUCCCUUUGCAGUAACAUAAGGUCUGAAUCAUUUUCCAAUACAAGCAAAUCAAUCUCUAAUCAACCAAGCCAAAAAUUUCUCAUAUUGAAAGCAGGAAAAAGCUGAGUUAAAGUAUGACUUAACUGAAAUGUUUUUGUGAACUCAAUGUUUCUCAUGUGACCUCUUAUAUAAUUACCCCUGAAAUACAAUGUUGAAAUUAAAGGGUAGGAUUUUAAAUCAUCAAAGUCACCUCCUGGGAUUGAUCAUAGGUAUUUAUUUAUUGUAAAAUGUAAAUAGAAAUCCCUCAAACUACUUUGAAAAUCUUCACUAAUGUUUACGAAAUUGCUCAAAGUAGGGUUAUAAUGCUUUUUUUAGAAAAUCUUUUGCUAAGCCUAUUUGCUACUUAUGGGGCCAAAUUUUCUUUGUUACAAAAAUAAGGUUGUUCAGUGUAGGGAACUCCAGGUUUAUGCACUUCACUCUUCUAUUGACUUAGGUGCUGCUAAGUAAGAUGCAUAAUGUAACUCAGCCUCAGUUUCCCAAUCUGUUAAUCGGGAGUUACACUUCCACACAUGCUCACAGGCUGAAAGGUUCUGCUCUGUAAUGUUUGCCAAGUGCUUUGAGCUCCUCAGAUGUGCAGAAAAUUGCUAUUCUCUUCCCUGUAAGUUCUACAGUGUGAGAAGCUGCCAGGAUCUGUUUCUCUCUGUUUACCUUUUUUCUUGGAAGUGGAGUGCUCCAAAUCCAUGAAUGUGUGCUAUAUUUAAGAUUAAUGUAUGAAAAUCACCAUUUUUGUCACGUGUACCUGAGCAACAGAGAGAUAAGCAUACUCCCUAGACCUCAGCCAAAUAUUUUUUAAUUGAAGUUGGAAAUUAUUGAAAAGGAGGAGACCAGGAAAGUCAGAUGUCAGUCAGUGUGUCCAUGAAAUAGCAUCCAUGUGAUGUCCAGCUUGAUGUCUGUACACUCUUUACAGCUGGUGAGAAAUGAAGGAGUGCAGUCAGUGAGCACAGGCUACAGGAACCAAGGCACACAUCAACUUUAGGAUGAGAUUAAUCUCACCUUUAACUCAGUCAUCUACAAUGACUAAAUGUCUACCAGCUUCGAAGAGAGCAGAGCUUGACUUGCACAGAUGUCAGAUGAUCAGAGACCGCACAAUCAGUGUCAAGGCUCUCAGCUUUCCCCCACUGAUCCAAGGUGAGCCUCUCUGCCUUGGCUCAUCCCCAGCUCAUGUCCAGAACUGCCCCUGUCACUCCACACAAUGACUUCCCCAGUGUGGCCAGGGCACUGACCAGCAGAGGUGCAAGGAUUUGGCCCAAAUAAGAUGUUAGAAGAGGCACUUUCUGUAGAGACUGCUUAUAUUACACUGCAGCUGCAGAACUGAGCAUCCUUGGCACAUCCAGUCAGAGCUAAAACCUCCUUACUGGGCCUCCCAGUGCUUGCUGGGUUUUGCACAGCCCUGGAUAGAAAGUGCUCCAAUGGACAAUAUUUUGCUGGGUUUUUCCCACCAUAGUAAACUUUCGGUUUAAUUCCUCAGUGUUGUUGACAUCUCAUAACAGUUGCUCCAUCCAGGGACCUUCUGUUCCUUCCCAGAUGUGGGCAUUGCCUUCAUCUUCAUUGUUUGUUCUCUAUUGGAAGAGACAUCUAAAGGAUUAGGAUCUUCUUAUUUCAUCUGAUUCUUCAGCUAAAUCAUGAGUCAUCCUUCUGGGGUGGAUCCUCAGGGAGAACAAAUUGCUGUUGUUACUGGAUUAAAUACUGCAGACCAGUUACAGCCUUUGAAGACUGGGCUGAGUCCAUGGAGUUGUUCUGAAGCCAGUAACUAUGAUGGUAAUUUUGGUAAUCACUUAAUUGACAAAAUAGCAUUGACCUGAAAGAUAAUCUGUGUUUGGCAUAGUUUUGUGGCUAAAUUUGCAAAGAAUAAAACUAAAUGACCAAGGUGUAAUUUGUUAUAAUUUGGCAUAUUGAGAAGAAUUCUUUGGCCUUUGCAAUUCUUGGAAAUACUUGCAUUGUACCUGUUGCAGGCUCUCUGAAAUAGUAAUAGAUGUCUGUGGCAGCUUGUGAGAUUUAACCGUCACAUGACAAGAGAAUGGAAAAGAAUGAGAAGUUAUUUUAACAUUGUUACACUUCUGAAGUUGAUAUAUGUGCUAGACAAGCCUGCUUCCCUGCUUCAGUCUUCUUGUAUGUCAAAGGCCUGUCAUUCCUACUGAUUUCACCUGAGUUUGCUCCUUCUUUAAAUGCUCUCUAGAUCUAAGCAAUCAAAAAUCAGGGCAGCCAAAAAGCAGGUUCAGUCUGAUCAAUUUGUUUGUGACUGUCUUUGACAGUGGCUAUGCCAUGCAGUUCCCUGUCCAAUUCCCACUGAAAUCCUUCAAUUCAGGUUUCUGUUCUCUUCCAUGGCAGGUCAUAUAAAAGGAAUCUUUUCUCAGUAUUAAACCCAGCUGAAAAUCCAUAAAUAGCCUCCAUAUAAAGGUAUAUUCUUUCCAAGAGAAAAUCCAAGCAAGGGCAGAGACUUGGAUGAAUAUUCACCUGCACACAGAGUACAGCCCCAGAGAAAGCAGGAUUUGAGCUGCCCUGCACUCUGCACACUUAGCAGCUGGACUGUCUUGAAGUUAGUAUUUUCUCUGGCCUGCAAUCACCAAUUUACAGUAUGCAUCUCAAAGGUCAGGUAUUUGUAGCCACACCAUGAAAUAUUUAUUAUUUCCAGAUAAGAUCUUGCCUCCUCUUAAAAAGCACUGGUGAUAAACUCAGCAAGAUCCUCUGCAGUAAACAUCUGUGGGUCCUGUGAAGGAGAUCCAAGAAAUGAGACAGGCAGAUCUGAUUAACUUAUUUUGAUAUCUAUUUUUCCUUCUUAGCACUGAAACCUGUCACUGCUCUGUUCAUAAGGGUGCUGUUCUUAGCAGCUCUCUGCCCUUUACAUCAUCAAGAUUAAAAACAGGGCACCCAAUCAGUUCUGCUGCCUGUGCUGACACAGAUGUGUGUCAUGGUGCCACCACCAAGGUGAGAUCUGGAGGCCAUCCCUGCUCUGGGAUGUGCACACAAACUUCAUCAGACUCCAGUCUGGGUGAGUCCAGGCAGUGCAUCCACCUUGGAACUGUGGUUUGUGUGCUGGCCAUAGAUACUGGACAAAGCAAAAUAAACUGUGUGGGACCCAGUAACAUUAAGAAGGUCAAGACCUGUUUCCCCACCCAAGGAAUGUCUAAUCACAUUUUCAAUUGCUUCUUCUACAUGAUGUUUCAACUAAAGAGUUAUCAAUUCUCUUUGAGUCACAUCUUUCUAGCAUCUCGACUGACAUUAGCACUUUGUUUUCAUGUACUUAACACUAAAAAGUAUUAAUGACUUUGAUGACUCUCAUCUCAUUUCAGGCCUUGAGAUAUUUUUUGUAAUUUGAAACUGUGGAGCUUUUCUCUGCUCUCCUUGAAGUAAGUUAGAAACCUUCUCACACUGAUGCACUGGGAGUAGGGCUGGGUUCUAAUCUGUCUUUAUAAAUUUCCUUGUGAACAACAGCACUGAUCUGGAGACAUUUUUUCUUGGCUACAUUUUGAGAGUGAUUUUCAGUCCCUAACAAAUGCCACAUGUCUGGAAGUUUUCAAAAAGGUGAUUCUGUGUUUACAUUGUGUGUCUCUCUUUGCAGCAUUAUUACCAAUUAAGCUUCUUCAUUUUAGAUGCAAACUGGGACUAUUUGAUUAAGGCAAAAGUGAAUGCUUAGUUGAAGUAUGAAGGUAUAAUAAAUGUGCUUUAUGCUGUACCUAAGGAGUUGGCACUUAAAAAAAAAAUCUAGCCAGGUAACGGCUGUUGUUCUUGCUUUGGCUUUUCCCUGCCCUGAAUUUAUCAGUCUGGCUCAUAUCAAAACAAAAGGGAAUUCAACCCAUGGAGAGAUUGAUUAAAAAGUCCCUAAAUGGACUUUGGCUAUAUUUGCUCUGUUUUUAUCUGUAAUAUUUCUGCAUUAUUGUGGUCCAGAGUGGAAAUAAUUUAAAAUUUUUCUGCUUUAAAUGGUGGCCCAUGAGGGCUGCAAAAUAAAGCCCACCUGAACCGGGGGUAGUGGGGCCACUGCCUUGUGGCCUUCAGGACAGCACCAGGGUCCAGCCAGUGUGCAGGAUCACAGCCUAAAGCAAUCAGAAAGUGCAGGGUAAGGAGCACCCUCACCCUGCUGGCAGCUGCAGAGGUGUCACAUCUGCUUAGCAAGAACUAAAUCAGUGAGGAAGGAGCUGGGUCUGCAUCCCCUGCACCCCACAGCCCCAGCACUAAGCUCUGGGUGCCUGAGAGCUGCAAACCUACAUUUCCUACAGCACCUCAUGAUUUUGGUGGCAUGUCAAGAGCCCUGUUGGAUGUGAGUGUGCAAUUUGAAGAUAAUUUUAAGAGGUGCAGAGGAAGAAGGGGCAUUUUCAGCUGGGCACUCUGGAAAUGAAGAUCUUGGGUAUCACUUUUCCUUCUGGUUUUUAGGCUGUAAGAUUUGAUCUUUCCCAAUUCAGUUUUGACUAGCUUCCCUCUGAAGUUAACUGAAGCAAAUUACUGAAAAUGGGAUCCUAUUUCCAUCAUGAAGAACAUGCUGAGACUGAAGGUUACAUAGCUAACUGCAUUUUGUUUUCUAGUUAUGGCAUCUUAUUAUUACUAGUAUUUGUGCCUUGCUCACUGAAAUCUCCAUGCUACAAAGAUGCUUUUCAGAUUCUGGCUGACAAGGGAACACAACUUUUAUACAAGUGGCCUUUAGUGCUCUUUAUAAUAUUAUUUAUUGUAAUUUUUAAAAUGUAUGUGUAAUUUCUAUUCUGGCACUGUCCAAUAUUUGAACAAAUUUAAUAUGUUUAUUUCAAUAUAUUAUGCAAACAAUACUUCUUAACUGAUUUUUUUAUGUUCUGUCUUUAAAAAC